ACUAUUUGAAGAUUGCAAACGAAAAAAGUGAGACAUUUGGUGGGCUCAAUGGAAAGUAUUGUGGUAUUAUAUCUGGAACCGUCCUCGUCACUGGUCAGUACGCUGUGUUCACAUUUCAUUCAGACAGCAGCGUCACACGCAAAGGAUACAACUUAACAUUCAUGUUUGUCCCUACCGGCUCAGUCAAUGGUACCCAGGUUCCACCAACAAUGUACACUACAAAUCCGCCUUGGUAUACCACAGCACCACCAAACGGUAAUGGUACCCAGGUUCCACCGACAGUGUACACCACAAAUCGACCCUGGUAUACCACAGCACCACCACAAGGUGGUUGUGGAUACGUGCAAAAUAAUCAGCUGACAAGUCCCGGAUAUCCAAACAAUUAUCCGAAUUGGAUGGACUGUAGUUAUAGGGUUAACAUCUACCCUGGCUGGACGCUCAGAAUUUACUUCAGGCACUUUGAACUCGAGUCACAUUCUAGUUGCAGAUAUGACUACUUGAGGAUUACUAAUGAAAGGAAUGUCAUAUUUGGAAAGUACUGUGGCGUCAAGACUGGACGAACUGUAUCUGUGACUGGACGUUAUGCAGUGAUAACCUUCCAUUCAGAUAGCUCCUUCAGCGGAAGAGGAUAUAAACUGAUCUUUACAUAUAUAAACAGUGUUUUCACCACACCAAGACCAAGCUCGGUUUAUCCGACAGCUGGUACUGCGUUUCCAUCCAUUGGACCAUCCCCCGAUGCAAAGAGUAAACUUCAGUACCUUAUCAACGCGUUCCGAUACCUCUUAAAUCAGAUGGAGUAUGUUGUGAACAACGAAGUUCCCUCCAAUUCCAGUGUGUCCGUUAGGGAAUACAAAGCUCGAGUCCAAAGAGCUGUUACCGAUGUUCACGAUGCACUGCAGGCUGAAGGAAGGCAGAAGCGUGACGUUGGGAGUGUGGAGAUGAUUAGCCAGUUGGAAAAGAAGGCUGACGAUCUGAUAACACGACUGCAAAUCAAAGAAGAUCGAUACAAGAGAAGUGCCCUUAAAAGGAAAGUUGCUAUUCGGAAUGCUAAGAAAGCUCACUGAUCACAUUGACAGAAUCAAAGCAACUAAAAACACUAAGAAGAAAGGUGAUGCUAGAAGAGACAUAAGCAUAGAGAAAGAAAACGAACCCGAGUUGCGCUAAAAAUGCUCAAUAAUAGCUAAGCUAUGGGGAUUAGGUGUGCAUAUUUUAGUCAAGGAAGUGAAUAAAAGAACAUAUGGCAUAAAA